CCCCCCCCCCCCCCCCCCGCGCGCCCCCCCUUAAGUACUUUUCUUCUUUCUUCAAAAAUGCAAAAUUCUUAUCUGCAAUAUACUCUCUCAAUAUAUUUUAUCAAAAUUAUAUCUUCUAAAGGAACGUUAUAGAGAUCGGAGAAAAUAAAACGAGAAUAGAGGGAGACCUUGCUAUUAUGACUUAGUUUACGAAUUGUUUCCGUCGUUUUUUUGCUUUCGGUUCCCGUCUCUUACGACACGACACCUAUUACUUCUAAACGACAGAACAGAAAAUUUUUUUCUUUUAAUCAUAAACUAGUCUCUAUUUGUUUUUCUUAUAAGUUUGAGCUCGAUCUUUACUGCAAUGAUCACUAACUGCCUGAUUUUGUUAGAUAAUAUCUCUUUACGAGUAUUCUGGAUGCCCUUGUGAACUCCUGCAAAUCUAAACUUUUCAUCUAGAGCACUUUAUCAGGACUAUUAAUCGUAAUAUUAAGUAGCAUAUGUGUGCAUAAUUCUAUUUUCAUUCAUUCAUUAGAUAUUAAAGUCACUGAUACUGAUAUUAUUUACACUGAACAACAUGAAUUGGUUAUAUUUCAACGUGGACAGUUUUGGUUAGACCGACAUAUCUACUUUGCUUAUCGUUAUGAUUAUGAUUUUGAACAAUUAUUUAUCUAUACAGUACCCUAUGAGAACAAUGAGUUACAUUUAUCAUUAAACAGAAACAAAUUAAACCAUCCAAUAACUAUUUUUCCGCCGAAACAAAUGUAUGACUUGGUCGAUACACUUAUAUUACACGUCCAUGCUCCUUUAUCACAAUUUCAACAACCAGUUCCAUUCUGGGCAUAUAAAAAUACAAUUCGGUUAUGUAUAUACAUUAGGUCAGCAUUUGAAUUAAAUCGAUCAGCGUUAGAUUAUUUACGGCACAUAUUUACUAACGGUAAUAAAAUUCAUUUUUUACAAAUUCGUUUUUUUACUCUAAACAGAAUACAACCAGAGGUAAUUGAUCCGCAAUUAUUGUCUAUACUGUUGACAGAGGGUAAAAAUAUACAUACGUUAUCUAUACCAUUCUCUUUAUUAUAUACACAAGUGACAACAUCAACAAUUGAUAAUGAUAAAUACAUAGCGGAACAUCUAGUUGAAUUAUUACGUAAUCUCAAUCGUAUGAUUCGACAUUUAGAUUUCUUUAGUAGUUCUAUGACGACAAGUUUAUUAUCAGAAGAAUUCUGUCAGAUAUUUUCCAAAUGUCAAACAUUAAAAAGUAUAAAAGUUCGAACAUUGAAUGAUUGUUUUCGACUUCUUGAAUUAUUUAUUAAGAACAUGAAAUAUUUACAACAAUUAGAUAUGUUUCUUCUGCCAUCUUCGACAACAGAAGAAGAAGAAGAAGAAAUAUUUACUUCAGAUAUAGUAAAACAAUUAGAAAUAAACAUUAUUUCAAAAUAUCGACAAAAUUAUUAUAUUCUAUUUAAACCAAUACUGCUGUCUAUCGAUUUGCUGUAA